GACAACCGCGGACGAUGCACCCAUGUCUCGCUGCUCUCACGAUAUCUUCGGCGUUUGACGUAUACUCAAACGGAAUCUGAAAUGUUUUGUUGCAUAAAAACCUCAGAGUGUACACAUCUUUCGCUUCAGCGACGAACUAAUCUUGGAGCAUGAAGGCAACAUGCCGUCAGCGAACGCUCAACCGGAGAUAUUUGAGAGUGUUCGAGCCUGCCUGUCAGAGAGCUUCGUUAGUGCCCUCUGCAAUGGAAUCAAGGCCUCAUUUGCGCUCUGGCAUGUCCCGGGCAGCCUUCGAGAAGAACCCAGAGACUCGUCUACCAAAUAUUUCCUUGAGGGGACGCUCAAUGACAUUGUUGAGGCCAGAACGAUUAUCGAGAAAGAACUACAACUUCUUCAACGACAGCUAGAUGUUGUUGACGUAGGCACCCUAACCGAAGAAAAUGGGAUCGCGGACGACCAGUAUGGUGUUCCCGAAACAACGGUGUUUGUGAAUCUGCUUCAGGGUUCUAGUACAGAAGGUAACUUCCAGGAUCCUCAGUUAGGAGAGCGAUUCCAGUUGCCUCAGUUGACGGAACAGCAGCAGUGCCAAGAUGAUGGAAACAUUUGCGUACGUGAAUCCUUCAUACCCAUGCCGGAGCCUGUAGUGAUUGAAAUUCACUGCACACGCGUUGAAGAUGCAGAGCCCGCUACCGUGCCCAGUACAACUGAUGCCGUGGCACCCAGUGCCGCAACCAGUACAGCUCUCACCGAGGGUGCUCCCAGUACCGAGACUAAGGCAUCAAACCAGAGGCGGAAGCAACGCUACGAGGAAGUCACCCCGUUUAAGUACUUCUGCGACCUGUGUUCCUUUAAGACGAAGAGAAAUAGUCACUACCUGAAACACAUCAAAAUCCACGAAAAGGUAGCAACAGUGCACACUUGCGGCCGAUGCCCUUUCACCACAGUGCGUCUGGGCCACCUGCGGCGCCACCAGGCGACCCACAGCAGCACGCUUCAGCGCUGUUCCCGCUGCAGUUAUGCAACAGACAACCAGAAACUGUUGCUGCGACACAACCGCGUCAAACAUCGUCGGGUUCAGGGACCACCAGCACAGGUCCUGGAAUGCCUUCAGUGCAGUUAUCGCACGACACGGCCGCAGAUGUUGGCGCGGCACCAGCAGAGCCACCUGGUGGGGGCAGGUGGCGCUGUAGUCUCUCUACACCAGUGCGAGCAGUGCAGCUACAAGACGCGACGGAAAGAACACCUGGUGCGACACCGGAACAAUGUUCACGGGGACGCGCGGCCGUUCCUCUGCCAUCAGUGUGGGAAAGCCUUCAAGCGAGGUGACGCAUUGCGCCAACACCACCUGACUCACACUGGAAGACUCCCGCAGGAAGCCUCUUUUUCCUGCUCACAGUGCAGUAAGACGUUCCGUACUCAGUCUCACCUGACCGAGCACCAGGCCACCCAUUCAACGGUCAGACCUUUCCUCUGCGAGGUAUGCGGUGCCGCAUUCAAGACUCGCUCCGUGCAGCGCAAACAUGUCCAGACGGUGCACUGUAACCCCCGUGCCUUCUCUUGCCAAGUCUGUACUAAGAAGUUCAACACUCAGUAUGCCCUCAAGCGCCAUCAGAAGCUCCACUUGGCCGCUGGGGAGCCUCAUGAUGAGCCUGCCGUCUUCGACAUCUGUCCACCUGCACCCGACGAUGUGCUGAACCCACAGGAUGUGCCUCCCAGCAUUUCUGAGGUCCUGAUCGGUCAGGUGCCCACACUCCAGCAACCCUGUACCACGUGGCCCAUACUCACAUUUAGCACUACUGGCUGAAGCGUAGGAAUUGCCAAAGGAAUGCACUACCUGCACGACGAAGCACAUCGCUGUUGCUUCUCCUGUGCAAGUAACGACUGAUGACAUUUAGUUUGGCGCGCCACAGGACAAUGUAGUGUUUGCACUAUACUAAACGGGUGGGGGUGGGGGGACAAAAUAUUCUGAUACAUUCAUUGUACGAUGUGCCGAGGGCAAAGCCACGUCACUAACUUCGUGAUAUGUGUUCAAGAUCAUUCUAAUAUGUCAUUCAUAUGUCCUUACAAUUUUCUCCCUUAUUCCUUAUGUCUAGGGCCUGACUUUUUAGGGUUAUACCCGAUUAUGCCCGGUAUUUACCUUCCGAUUCAAAUCAGGAAAAACAGGGUUUAACCCGAUACUUCCCCCGAAAACUGCUGGACCGGGGGAAUCCGAAGUCAUCAAAACUAACACACAACUUUGGAAACUGUGUUGUAACUGCAUAGAUACGCUAGUGCAAACUGUCAAAACAGAAACCCUGCUGCCUCUUAGAUGCAUAGAUUAAAUAUUGAUACGCUGUGUCUACUGGUGUGCCAUUGUGUAUUAUGCCGAAUAAACCAAAGAUUUACGCCUGAUCCAACCUGAUUAAACCAGAAUUAGGUUCAGUUCAUCCUGAUUAUGCACAAAUUAUUGAAGCAAAAUAUAACCCGAUAUUUACCCCCGAUUUUGCUGAAAAAUAUAACCGGAAAAAGUCAGGCCCUACUUAUGUCUCUCAAAUGGUCCCUAGCUAGGUCUAUAAAAAAUUAUUGUUCCUAAUAAUUCUGAGAUACAUGUCCCAAAAAUCCUAUUAUUCUCGCAGUGCAUGUCUCUGAUGUGUCUAAUUUUCCCCACACACAUAUAUCUCCAGAAUAUUUCUACGUAAUAUCCCUGGAAAAGAUGUGUAAAAAAAAUGCACAAACUGCGAACACGUGGUCGUCAGACUAUCACACUCAUCAGCAUAUUUUCGACUCUGGUGCGUUUAGUGAAUAAAAGCGGGAAUAUAAAUAUUCCUACUUACCCGUU